CCCGGAGAAGAGUUAGCUCUUCAAGCUAGGUCAUGACCAUGAGCUUCAAGGUGGCGAAAGCUUCUGAAUACCUUGUCAUCACCGGGGCGCGGAUCCCCGACAUCAAGCUAGCUAGGAAGGCGUGGGUGUGGCCCGGCCAGCGCUGCACUCGUGUCAGCAUCUCGCCCGUCAAUUACUCAGUCCAGGUCCAUGCAAUGAGCUCCGACAAGCUCCAAUUCCUCCUCCCGGCCGUGUUCACGAUUGGGCCCCGCACCGACGACAUGGCCUACCUCCUUAAGUACGUCAAGCUCAUGCCACCGUCGUCAUCCGCAAAGAUAUUCAAGGCCCAUAUCGCUGAGCUUGUCAACGGCAUCAUACAAGGGGAGGCCUGCGUGCUAGCGGCAUCGAUGACGAUAGAGGAGAUCGUCAAGGGUACUAAACAGUUCAAACAUGAGGUGUUUGAUAAAAUCCAAUUAGAACUCAACCAUUUCGGGCUAUUUGUGUACAAUGCCAAUGUCAAGGAGCUUGUUGACACCGACGGGAGAUGCUACUUCUACAAUCUAACACAAAAAAUUCAGUCCGAGGCCGCUUGCAAUGCAAUGCUGAAUGCCCAUGAGGCGGACACGAGGGGGAAAAUGGAAAUGAAGUGUAGAGAGGCGAAGGUUAUCCAAAAUGCGGCCCGGUACGAUAUGGAGACAUCAAGCUUUGUGGCCCACCAGCUUGCUGAGGGGAGGAAGGAGGAGAAGAGGGUGAAGACAGAUGUGAAGGUGUUCAAGAACGGGCUCGACGGAGACCUCGCCGACUCAGUGGCCAAUCUCGACGGCCAUAGGGCUGUCGCGAUUGGGCGGGCCAAGAAGACCCAGAUGGAGGCCCAGAAGGCCAACGCAAUCCGUGAGGCUGAGCUGCAGCUCGAGCUCGAGAAGAAGGCGGCACUCGUAGUCAUGGAGAAGCUCCGAGCCGAGCUGCUGAAUAAGGCAACUGUCGAAUUCGAGGCGAAGAUUCAAGAAACGAAUUCCAAGUUCUUCCAACAGCAGAAGUACACCGACGCACUCUUCUACGCUGAGUAGAAGAACGGUGAGGUGAAGAAAAUGCUCGCUGAUGUGGAAUUCCAUGUCAGGCAGCGAGCCGCUGAUGCCGAUCUGUAUGCCAAGAAGCGCGAAGCUAAGGCGUUGAUCGUGAUGUCUGACGCACAUUCAUACCAUGUGCGGUCAAUGCUGGGCCCGCUGGGCAGGGAUUACAGCGCGUUGAGGGAUUAUAUGAUGAUAAACAAUGGAAUGUACAAGGAGAUUGCGAAGAUCAGCGCCAAGUCGAUGAAGGGACUCAAGCCGAAGAUCUGCAUCGUGACGGACGGUGGAUCGGAGAUUUGUGGGGGUGGUGGGCCAGGAACUGAGGGCCUAGAUGGUUCGGCCCACAAGGUGUCGAGCAUUUACAAAAUGCAGCCGCCGCUGAUGGAGUAUGUCCAAGAGCAGACGGCGAUGACACUGCCGCUGUGGGCCCGACGUGAGGCCGCGGUAACCGACGGUGAAGCCGAGCAGUAUGUGAAGUGUCCUGUGGGCCCUUGAGGAGUGACAGUGGGCCACAGUGGGCCCAGGAUUUUCUCUUAAUAAGAGGAGUUUUCUUUUUGAAGUUUAUGAAUGAGAAUAAAAAUGGAAUCUAGUCUCAAUCGGAA